GUGCACCUCACGACCCUGAAAAAAAUUGUACAAUACACUGGCUUUGUUUACGUCAGGAGGUCAAUUAUAAUCGAGUUUCACAACGGGAUGACACCUGGAGGAUUGUUGAAAAGAGGUUUGUCGUUGAAAUUUACAAAUUAACAAGACAUCAGUUAUGUCGUUGAGGUGUUUGCUAUCGAAAAUGUGGGUCCGCGGCUUCCAGCUACUCCACAGGCGAGACGUCGCCUGGAAGAUCCGCCCCGUCGCCCGGGGGUUCGGGGGCGGAGGGGGGACGAGAACCGCCGACAAGCUCCCUGUACAGACCCACUACGAAAACGCGAGGAAGCUAUUCGCAAAUUCAAUACUCAGCAGGGUUACGACAAGCCUUUCGACAGGCUUGAGAGAGCGUACGACUCGCCAGUUGCUCUACGGCAACUCGACACCUUUCUUCGCCUUUGUGGGCAUAGGUCUCGCAUCUGGUUCGAUACUUCGAAAGGAAGACCAGCUUGAAGGCCUCUGCUGGGAGAUCAGGGAAUCUUUGGAGAGAAUGCAGAAAUCCAUGGCAGAAGCGGAAUCAGACCUGUUCAGACCGAGCGAGCCAGUCGGAAUCAAUAAAUUUACUAUAGGACCUUUCAUCGGCAAAGGGAGCAAUGCGGCAAUCUUCGCCGCAAGAAAAAAACCCAUGUGCGAAGCAACUGACGACUGUCCUUCCUAUUCAAAAGAUGAGCCUCUGUCCUCUUUCCCAUUCGCUCUCAAGAUGGUCUUCAACUACGGCAUCAACUCGAACGCUUCAGAAAUUAUGACAAAGACUUUCAAGGAGAUGGUGCCCGCUAGGGUACGCUAUUCACCUCCUGAGGCUGAAGAUUUGCUAUCGGAAGGCAUACAUCUUCCACCGCACCCGAAUCUUGUUACAAUGCAUGUCGCCUUCCCUGAUCGCGUGCCUGACGACCUGCCGAACGCCACCGAGUUCUCAAACGCUCUUCCAAGCCGUCUCACCUCCGUUGGCUACGGUCGUAACAUGUCACUAUUCAUACUUAUGAAAAGGUAUGAAAUGAAUUUGAGCGAGUACCUCUCCAAGGAGAAAGUCGAAACGAGGGAAGCUAUACUGAUUUUCGCUCAAAUUCUGGAAGCCAUCGCUCACAUCAACCGGCAUGGUGUAGCUCACAGAGAUUUGAAAAGCGACAAUUUCCUCGUGGAUGUAAUUCACGAGAAGGAGCAUGAGUGCCCGUGCGUUGUACUGACCGACUUCGGGUGUUGCCUUGCUGACCCCAUCAAUGGGCUUUUCCUCCCAUUUCUGACUCCAACUGUCGAUAAGGGAGGCAACAGCGCUCUCAUGGCUCCGGAAGUGGCAUCAGCCAAGUUGAAUUCACCUGGUGUCAGCAUCCUUUCACCGAUCAAAUACAUUGACUAUACUAAAUCUGAUGGCUGGGCUGCGGGUGCAAUAGCGUACGAGUUGUUCACUGGGGAAAAUCCUUUCUGCAAGGCUGAAUCACUUAGAAACACGACUUAUGUAGAAUCGCAGCUCCCACCUUUGGACGAAGUGCCUUCAAUCAUCAGAAAAGUUGUAAAAUCACUUCUAGUCAAAAGCCAAGCCAAGAGAAUCAGUGCAGAUUUUGCGGCGGAUGUUGUUCAGCUUUAUCUUUGGGCUCCAAGCAAUUGGCUCAAAAAGUCAGUUGAUAUCAGCCUGCCGAGCAACACUGAGAUAAUGCAGUGGCUCCUCUGUAUGACAACUAAAAUCCUGACGACGGCCUCAUUCGGUCAGAGACGAUCACAAGCUGAAUACCUCCUCAUCGGCUCGUUCCUGCGCAGGGCUUGCCUGUCACGGCUGCGCUCGGCAAUUGCCUUCGCUCAGGCCGAUUGAUGAGACCCGCUCUUUUAGCAGCACCGACGAUUCGAAGCAAAAUAUUUUUUCUUAAGUUUCACGCCCAAAAAGAACCAGUAUUAAUUUCCAUUUAUUUACACUGAGUUGUCAGCAAAUGUAGGCAGCAUGAAACAUAAAAAUAUUAAAUAUAAAAAAUAUAUUUUAAAAAAGCACUAUUUUACUGUGAUGUACUUAAGUUACUAUUUAUUGGAGCUUAUUAUCAGCAAAAAUAUUUGUUUGUAAGUUUGUAAUUUAUGUUGUUACAAUUUGGGUGAAAAAAUUUUAUUCUACUGUUAAGAUUAAUUAUAUAAAAGGUUACAUUAAUUUUUGA